AGGUUUUUGUCCUGACUUCAAGCCUCACUGCCUCAUGGCCAUGGCCUCAUGCUCAUGCCAUCACCAAACAUUAACGUAGUAACGUGUGCAUCUGAAAAAUAAUAUUACAUGUAGAAUUAUUAUAUUUAUUUUGAAUAAUAUGGCAACUUCUUCUGAAGAUGAAUUAGAAAGGGAGCAAAGUGUGGCUGUUAGCAAUGUAGUUGCUGAAGAUAAUGACGGAGUAACAUUCAAAGAUUUGGGAGUCAAUGAUGUCCUUUGCGAGGCGUGUGAAUCAUUGAAAUGGACAGCACCCACCAAAAUCCAGAAAGAAGCUAUCCCAGUUGCUCUGCAAGGGAAAGAUGUAAUUGGUCUGGCAGAGACCGGGUCUGGAAAAACGGGAGCAUUCGCCAUACCGAUCUUGCAAGCACUUCUAGAAAACCCCCAGAGACAUUUUGCUCUCAUAUUGACACCAACUCGUGAACUUGCUUAUCAGAUAUCCGAACAGUUCGAGGCUCUAGGUGGUGGUAUGGGAGUGAAAACAGCAGUUAUUGUUGGAGGUAUGGACAUGAUGUCUCAAGCUCUUACCUUGGCGAAAAAACCUCAUAUUAUCAUUGCAACACCAGGUAGACUGCUAGAUCAUCUUUCCAACACAAAAGGGUUUAAUCUGAAAGCUCUUAAGUUCUUGGUAAUGGACGAAGCUGACCGUAUCCUAAAUAUGGACUUUGAAGUUGAAGUGGACAAAAUCCUGAAAGUUAUUCCGAGGGAGAGAAGAACCUAUCUGUUUUCGGCAACUAUGACACAGAAAGUGCAAAAAUUGCAAAGGGCUUCGCUCAAAGAUCCUGCGCGUGUCGAGGUGUCAAAUAAGUUCAAGACUGUUGACUCCCUCCAACAGUAUUACAUAUUCAUUCCUUUGAAAUUCAAGGACGUAUACCUUCUUUAUUUGUUGAAUGAGAUGGCCGGCAAUUCGUUCAUGGUGUUUUGUGCAACCUGCGCGGGAACUAUGCGCACAGCGCUAAUGCUGCGCAACCUGGGCUUGUCAGUUGUGCCUCUCCACGGGCAGAUGUCGCAGAACAAGCGGCUCGCAGCAUUGACUAAGUUCAGAGCCAAGAACCGAUCCAUACUCAUAUCGACUGAUGUUGCUAGCAGAGGUUUGGACAUUCCCCACGUAGAUGUCGUGAUAAACCUUGAUAUUCCAACUCACAGCAAAGAUUACAUUCACAGAGUUGGUAGGACGGCAAGAGCUGGACGAUCUGGCAAAGCAAUCACAUUCGUUUCACAGUACGAUGUAGAACUAUAUCAAAGGAUAGAAUUUCUGUUGGGCAAGAAGCUGCCUUUGUACAAGACAGAAGAAGCUGAAGUGAUGACUAUGGAGGAACGCGUUGCUGAAGCUAGAAGGAUUGCAAACAUGGAAAUGAAGGAUUUGAGUGAAAAGAAAGGAAAGAAGAGGAAAGGCGGACUUGGUGAUGACGAGGAUGACACAGAGAAUGCUGUUGGAGUGAGAAAGCGGCUGAAAGGGGGCAAAAAGAGACGAAAGUAGAUUUUAUUAAUAAAUAUUCGCUUUUAUUUUUAAAA